AUGCUUGAAGCUCUUGGCUUUGCUGCCAGGUGGGUCGAUUUAAUUAUGCUUUGUGUCACUACGGUUUCCUAUAAUUUUUUAAUUAAUGGAACCCCCAGCGGAGAGGUUGUUCCAACCCGGGGAAUUCGCCAAGGAGACCCGCUCUCCCCAUAUCUGUUUAUUAUGUGUGCAGAGGGACUUUCCUUAUUACUACAGAAGGCUCAGACGCAGGGUUCUAUUCAUGGCUGUAGAGUGGCUAGGGCAGCUCCCCCGGUCUCUCAUUUAUUCUUUGCAGAUGACAGUCUCUUAUUCUUCAGAGCUAAUGCCCAGGAGGCAGGAACGACUGUGCACAGGGAAGAAGUGAUGGCAGUGCUAGGGGUUGAUCAAGCCCCGAAUUUUGGAAAGUACUUGGGCUUGCCCGCUUUUGUGGGUAGGAACAAAAGGGCGGUGUUUUCAUAUAUCGAGGACAAGAUCAAGCAGCGAGUAGGGUCUUGGAAUAAGAAGCUACUCUCACAGGCUGGUAAGGAAAUACUGUUAAAGAGUGUUGCCCAGGUUAUGCCUACUUUCUCAAUGAGUGUGUUUCUUCUCCCUGAGUCGGUGUGUCUAUCUAUUGAGAGGACAAUGAAUCGAUUUUGGUGGGGCUCCGGGACUGACAGAAGGAUACACUGGAAUGCUUGGGACCGCUUAUGUAUACCCAAGAAAUUUGGUGGUCUGGGUUUUAAGGAUCUCCGUGCUUUCAAUUUGGCUAUGUUGGGCAAGCAAGCCUGA